UGCUGAACGUGGGGAGGCAGGGGAGCGGAGGACAGCCUGAUACAAACACCACAAUACGCAAAAGUCACUCUGCAAGGUUCACUUAUUAUUAAAGCCAAACAGAGGGAGAAGGGCAAACAAGUGGCUUGGCACUUGUGCCCAGGCACGGUGAGGCUUUCUCCUCGUGAACUCUGGAGCUAAAGCUCAGGAAAAGGAGCUUGGUAGGGAGCCACCAAGACCCCGGAGUGGGGAGGGUCCUCGUGGCAAGAGCGCAGGCUGAUUGAGCGCUCAGCAUGGUGCCGCCUUGUGCACUCCUGGAAACUAAUGCAUUGGGUAAGGAACAGUUAAUAAGAAAAUGUGCCUCGCUAACUGUGCACAGCACAACAAAGAGCUGGCAGCUCCCGAAGGAAAAGGGCUUGUGCUGCUGCCGUUCAAACUUGUCAGUCAACUCGUGCCAGCAGCCUCAGCGUCUGCCUCCCCAGCACACCCUCAUUACAUGUGUCUGUCUAGCCUGACCUGUGCAUCUGCCGAGAAACGCUCCUGACAAGUCAGAAAUUUCUCCAUUUCUCCCUGGUUCAAAGCGGAUUUCUCCCCGCUUCUCUUCUGUCACCCCUGCUCUUCUCCCUACGGAGGCUCCUUGAUUUAUGGUCGCUUUGGACUUCAUUCAGCGUCUGCCUGUCCUUGACUUCUAGAAUGGAAGAAGCUGAGCUGGUGAAGGGAAGACUUCAAGCCAUCACAGACAAAAGAAAAAUACAGGAAGAAAUCUCACAGAAACGACUGAAAAUAGAAGAAGAAAAACUCAAACACCAACACCUGAAGAAAAAAGCCUUGAGGGAGAAAUGGCUGCUGGAUGGGAUCAGCACUGGAAAAGAGCAGGAAGAGAUGAAGAAGCAAAAUCAGCAAGACCAGCACCAGAUCCAGGUUCUAGAACAAAGUAUACACAGGCUUGAGAAAGAGAUCCAAGAUCUUGAAAAAGCUGAACUGCAAAUCUCAUCCAAUGAAGAGGCAAUUUUAAAGAAACUAAAAUCAAUUGAGAAAACAACAGAAGAUAUAAUAAGAUCUGUGAAGAUAGAAAAGGAAGAAACAUUGAGAGAGUCUAUUGAGGACAUCUAUGCUAAUAUCCCUGAUCUUCCAAAAUCUUACAUACCUUCCAGAUUAAGGAAGGAAAGAAAUGAAGGAGUAGAAGAUGAUGAACAAAAUAGAAAAGCAUUAUAUGCCAUGGAAAUUAAAGUUGAAAAAGACUUGAAGACCGGGGAGAGCACAGUUCUGUCUUCAAUACCUCUCCCAUCAGAAGACUUUAAAGGUACAGGAAUCAAAGUUUAUGAUGAUGGACAAAAGUCAGUGUAUGCAGUGAGCUCCAAUUACAGUUCACCCUACAAUGGCUCUGAUGGCCUGGCUCCAGUUGAGGUAGAAGAACUUCUAAGGCAAGCCUCAGAGAGAAACUCCAAAUCUCCAACAGAAUAUCAUGAGCCUGUAUAUGCCAAUCCAUUUUGCAGGCCCAUAGCUCCACAGAGAGAAAAGGCAACACCUGGACCAAACUUCCAAGAAAAGAUCAAGCUUAAAGCUAAUGGGCUGAAUGAUGACGUUAAUGACUCCAUACACAAUAUGGACAAUGGACUCUCAGAGGGAAGGACCAACAGCUUCGAUCGUAUCAGUCCCAUUCAGCCAACACCUCAUCCCCGCUCAGUGACUCAACAGGCAGAAGAGAGGACCCAUACCCCACAAAAGUUGCUGAUGACUCCUAGGGAAGAAUCAAGUGCCAUUCAGGACAAAUAUGCAACCUCUCCAGAAGCUAGACUGAGCCCCAGCAAAACAAUACUUGGGAAGUCAGAACCCCAGUGUUCCUCACCUAUCUGUCAAGAAGAGGAGGAAGAUGUUAGAUAUAAUAUUGUCCACUCAUUGCCUUCUGACAUGGAUAACUCAGAGCCUGUGACCAUGAUUUUCAUGGGGUAUCAGCAGGCAGAGGACAAUGAAGAAGACAAAAAACUUCUCACAGGGUAUGAUGGGGUCAUCCACGCUGAGCUCGUUGUGAUUGAUGAUGAGACAGAGGAGGAGGAAGGAAGAGCUGAACAGCUGUCCUACCACCCCAUAGCCCCCCAUCGCCAGGUUUACCAACCACCAAAACCCACACCAUUUCCUAGAAAGAGACCCGAAGUUAGUCCUCAUGAAAACUCAAACCAGAAAUCUCCCCACAAAAAUUCCAUAUCUCUUAAAGAACAAGAAGAAAGCCUAGGUGGCCCUGCCCACAACUCUCCAAUUGACAUUCCAGUAGCUGGAGAUGGGACUGAGGAUCCAUCUUUAACAGCUCUAAGGAUAAGAAUGGCAAAGCUGGGGAAAAAAGUGAUCUGAAGGCUGUCACCCAUGUAAACAUUCUUUGGAGAAGAAACUAAAAACAAUCUGCAAAUUUCUCUCCUGGAUAUUUUUGUUUCUUUUUCCUCAAAUCUAAAAAAUUGCAAUUAUACCCACAUUCAGCCAUGUGAAUAAGUAAUAGUCAUUAUUUGCAAAAAAAAAACAAAAAACAAAAAAAAAAAACCUGGGAAAAACAAAUGCUAAACCUCUUCCAGUUAUUUGAUGGGAUUCAUUGGAGGCAGGAAACCAGCAUAUUUUUAUUGUAUUGAUACCAAAGCAUUUCUAAUAAGAGCUUGUUACAUUUAAGAAUAAAGCUAUUUAAAAUAACCUGACUAUACUAUCUGUCAUUCAGGAUUCAAGCUUUGCUAUUAUAAAAAAUGAAAGAUCACAGGAUGCUUUUGCACCUCAUCCCUGAAAUGCUCAUCUUCAACUCUGACAAGUAAAUGUAGCCUCACAGAAAAUCUGUAAUGCCAGAAGACAGCAACUCUGUCUUGCUGAGGACCAAUUCAAUUGGUUUGUGAAGAUUUCACACCCUUGUGCACACCGCAAAGGUACAUGUAGCGAUUGUGCUAUUUUGAAACUAGGUCUAGAAUUACGUCACCGAUGGCCAGGACUCUGCAGAUGGUUACUGACACAUUGAUUCUCGGUAUCCUUGCUUUCACUCAGUGCAAGGUGAGCCCUGUGGUGCAUCAUCUGUGACCUCAGAUGCUGCCAACGGACUUCUUAUUCUCAAAGAGCACAAAGCUGGUCUGUUGUCUGGCCAAUUCUUGUGAACCAAGUUAGAAAAUUCACAUUAAAACUGAUAAGAACACUACU